AGAGAGAGAGAGAGAUUGAGAGAGCACAUUGGGCGGAAUGCUUUCUUUUCUUUUAAUUUUUUUUUUGUGCUUCGGGACCACAGGUCCCUUUGGAGAUUUUUCCCAAUUCUUGAGAUUUCGGCUCAGCACGUCUUUGCUGAAGGGAAAAAGAUAUUAUAUUAUUUAUUGCUUUCUGUGGACGCGUCUGCACACGAACUUGGGGGUGAAAAAUCAUUGAAUAAUCUUCUUGGAACAUGCAUCCAUCCGGAGUGCACGCACCCACGCGGAGCUGGGAAGUGUGAAAUUUACAUAAGGACAGUGGGCGUCACGACGGUGGCUGGUACAGUCACGCUUCGGCUUCAUUUCAUUGGGGAAUUGUGCAAGUCUUAUGGGGUGGGAUUUUUUCUUUUUACAUUUUUAGGGAAACGUAAGUGCACUGCUGUGUGCGUGUGGGGUUAG